GCCUGCGCAGUGCGCGCCGGCCGGAGCCGGAGCCGGAGCCGGAGCUUUUGCGGCUUCCUGACCCCUCGGCGCAGCGGCCCCGCCGCGGGAGCCUGAGGGUGGGAUGGAGCCGGCGGGCGGCGGCGGCGGCGGGGGUUUCCCCGCGGACCCCCCGGGCGCCUUCGUGCUGAGCAACCUGGCGGAGGUGGUGGAGCGGGUGCUCUCCUUCCUGCCCGCCCGGGCGCUGCUGCGGGUGGCCGGCGUCAGCCGCCUGUGGAGGGAGAGCGUGCGCCGGGUGCUGCGAGCCCAGCGCGGGGUGGCCUGGAUCUCGGCGGGCCCGGCGGACGCGGGUCCCCCGCAGGAGCACUGCCUGGUCCGCGCGGCGGCCGCGGAGCUGCAGAACGUGCACAUCCUGCCGCAGACCGUGCUCUACAUGGCCGACUCGGACACCUUCAUCAGCCUGGAGGAGUGUCGGGGCCACAAGCGAGCCCGGAAGCGAGCGACGAUGGAGUCGGCCAUGGCCCUGGAGAAGCUGUUCCCGAGGCAGUGCCAGGUGCUGGGGGUCGUGGCCCCCGGGAUUGUCGUGACCCCCAUGGGCUCGGGGAGCCACCGGCCGCAGGAGGUAGAGAUCGGGGAGUCCGGCUUUGCGCUGCUGUUCCCCCAGGUGGAAGGAAUUAAAAUACAGCCCUUCCGAUUCACCAAGAACCCGAAGAACCUGACGCUGGAGAGACGGCGCUUCACCGAAGCAGGCCUCCUGGACAACCCCGAGCUGCGCGUGGUCCUCGUGUUCGGCUACAACUGCUGCAAGGUGGGCGCCAGCAGCUACCUUCAGCGCGUGGUCCGCACCUUCAGCGACACCAACGUGGUGGUGGCCGGGGGCCAGGUGGACAACCUGGUGUCGCUGACCAAUGACACGUGCCCGGUGGACGUGGACGGCGCGGGCGUGGCGGGGCUGGCGCUGAGCGGCCAGCGCGUGCAGGGCGCCACGGUGCUGCUGGGCGAGGACGUGGGCGACGAGCGCGCGGCCGAGGCGGCCGUGCAGCGCCUCAAGGCGGCGGGCAUCCCCGAGCGCCACACCGUGGGCUUCAUGUUCGCCUGCGUGGGCCGCGGCGCCCAGUUCUACCGCGGCCGCGCCCACGUGGAGGCCGACGCGUUCCGCAAGGCCUUCCCCGGCGUGCCGCUCUUCGGCUUCUUCGGCAACGGCGAGAUCGGCUGCGACCGCAUCGUCACCGGCCACUUCGCGCUGCGGCGCUGCGGCGAGGCCCCGGCCGGUGGCGGCGGCGGCGGCGAGGCGCGGGCCGAGGAGGACCUGUUCCACAGCUACACCACCGUGCUGGCGCUGGUGCACCUGGGCGCCGCCAAGUGAGGGCCCCACCCGCACCCGCAGGCCGGCACCCGCACCUGCUGGGCCUGCAGCAUCCACACCAGCCUGCCGGCCGGCCCCCACACCUGCUGGGCCUGCAGCAUCCACACCUGGGCCCGCCCCGCCCACAUUGGCUGGGCUGGCUCCGCCCACACCUGGGCCUGCCCCGCCCACCUGCCGGCAGCACCGCCCACAUUGGCUGGGCUGGCCCCGCCCACACCUGGGCC